UCCACCACCGAACCGUACCCCCGCCAGCGAUUUUUGGCCGCGGCGCGCGUCUUCCCCACCCGCGAAUCACGCCCGCGCGCGUCGCGCCGCCGUGUAUCCCGCCCGCGCCAGGCACCCCUCCCCUGACGCGCCGUGAUGCCCGCCGCCCGCGCAAGCCACACCGCCCCCCGUCCCCCCGGCGCGCGUCUUCAUCCCGCGCGCGUCGCCCCUUUGAGCACAGUAUCCCGGCGGCGGAAUCUUCCGGAAGCUGCUGCACAGCUCGCCCCCUGCGCCGCCGCAUGUGUCAGGAGCAAUGGAAACAGAGGAGGAGGUGAAAGAUCGGGAUGUGGCAGGUGGUGAGCAAGCCAGGAUUCUGAGCGCCAUGGCCACCAAGAUCGGCAUGGCCAUGCCUGGUGCAAACAGUGACGACAGCCAUGGCGGCAGCGGGGACGACGCUAAGUCGAGCAAUGGCGAAGCGGCCCGUGGUGGCAGUAACGGUGGAGAGAAGCAGGGGGAUGAAUCCAACAGUGGCGGGAUACUUAGCGCUGUGGCUUCCAGGAUCGGCGUGGCCGUGUCCGGCGCCAACGGGGACCGCAGCGGCAGCGCUGAGGAUGGUGCCAAGACGAGCGCUGGCAACGCUGGUCACGGUAGCAAGGGCGAGGAGAAGGGGCGUGGUGUGAACGGUGGUAGAAUAGUCGAGCAGAUCAUUUCCAAUCUGCCCUCAGAUGAUCAGGCGCCUGAUGCCGAUGAAGCUUCCUUGCUCAUCGCCAUUAUCGAAGAUUAGCUCCAUGUUCCGAAGGCUCUCUAGGUCGUCCUCAACGCCAGGAUCAAAUCAUCAGCUGAGCCGGAGACUGAAAACAAUAAAGAAAAUCAAGCAGCUGGUCAUAGUAAACAUCAUGUAGCGAGGAUUAGCAGAUUGCUUUUUUUUCCCGUUAGAAUCAGUCCACAUGUCCUCGACACGGGCUAGAUUUGUUCUAGAAUUAUUUUUCCAGUAGUAAGCCAUGUAUCCAUGGACAGUCCACAGCGCGACGUCUAAUGUAACAUCAUCAAGGUUCUUUUGACUAUCCCAUAAGAAACCAUUCCUUAAGACAACCGAUAUUGUGAGUUGAUAACCAACAACUAAUGUUACCAUGCGAUUGUUCCGCAAAACAA